AUGGCCGACAACUCAACCGUCUUGCCGCCGCUCAAGGCCGUCACCGACACCGACCAGGGCGGCAUCCUCGCCAUCGCGGCCAGUCUCGGUCUGGUCUUUGGCGUCAUCUCGCUGCUCAUCCGCACCUAUGUCCGCAUCGAGUGCCGCGCUGCCUUUGGCAAGGACGACUACGCCGCCUUUCUGAGUAUGGUCGUCGCCCUGAUACAAGGCGUCUUGGUCUUCUUGGCCAUUUCCAACGGCUUUGGCAAAGUCGUUGCCGACCUCACGUCCGACGCCAUCCUCGCCUGGCAGCGCGACCUGUACAUUAGCGACAUUUUCUUUCUCGUCGGCAUGUGGCUGACCAAGAGCUCCAUUGCCCUGCUGCUGAUGCGCCUCUCCCGCGACCCGUCGCACAGCGUCAUGGCACGCAUCCUGCUCGUCGCCUCGGCCGUCUACUUUGUCGUCUCCAUUUUUGUCGUCGCCAUCCGCUGCGACCUCAGCCAGCCCUGGAACGACGCGGUCCCCGGCUGUUCUGCGACCACGUACGCCCGCUGGGCUGCCGUCACCGUCAUGGACGUCCUCGUCGAAAUCGCCCUCUUUAUCGGCGGUGUCUGGCUCGUCCGCGACCUGCAGCUGCCGUGGAGCAAAAAGUCGGUCGUCGUCGUCGCCUACGGCCUCCGCCUGCCCGUCAUCCUCGCCGCCGCCGUCCGCCUCUACUACCUGCGCCAGUCCCUCUACAGCAACGACGAGUCCCUGCACGGCAUCCUGGCCUACGUCUGCACCCAGACCGAGCUCGCCUACGCCGUCAUCGCCACCACCAUGCCCUGCCUCAAGCCGUUUAUGAGCGCCCUCAACACGGGCUACGGCGGCGGCGGCACCUUUGUGCUCACCACCACGUCCCCCAACGCGUCGAACCUGCAGCGCAGCCGCGACACGACGGGCGGCCAUUCGACGUACGGCAAAGCCAAGGCGGCCGCCGUGGCCGUCAUGAGCGGCGGCGUUGGCGGUGGCAACGGCAGCAGCAACGGCGGCGCCGGCGCUGGGAGCCGCAGUGCGUCCAAGGUGCGCGACUCGACGGAGUCACAGACGCGCAUCCUCAGUGGCAACGACAACAAGAAUGGCGGCAACGGCACCGACAGCGAAAGCGGCCACCUGUCGCGACCGGCGACCAACAACUCGGAGCCGCCGCAGGCCAUGCCCAAGCUGGCGCCGUCCCAGACCCAGUACGUCCCCACACAAGUGCCGUCCAAGGCGUCUGCCUUUGCCUCCUUCAAGACCACCAAGGCCGCCAGCUCCACCGCCACGGCAACCAAGAGUCCCUUUGGCGGACGGUCGCGGAUGAGUGCAGUGGCCCCCGAGUAUGUGGUUGUCACGACAGACACGACCGUGCAGGAAGAACGAACGGACAAUGCCGCGCGGCAGUCGACGCAGCCCGCAGAGCCGGCAGAGCCCAUCGCACCCGUGUCGCCGAUAUAUGCACAGUACUCUCGUGGUGGUGGGCAACCACGGAUUGGGCAUGCCGAGUAG